CUGCGUUGGCUUUUGGCCACGCUUCCCAGUGAAAAAGAUGCUUCAAGCAUUCCUUCCAUGACGACCAUCCUCUCCUCAUCAUGUGGUUUCUGUCUUUGGGCAUUUGCCGAAGGCGGUGCCGGUUGCCUUGCGCUCAUCAGUGGCUCAGGUGCCGCUUCCGGAAGGAGAAAGGUGCCGAGUCAGAUGAGAGUGAUGUCGAGAAAGGAGGGGAUGACCUGGAAGAGGCAAAGGUUCAUCCAGUGCCCUUCCUUGCCAACACACAGGAUGCAGAUGAGCUGGGCGCCACUGUGGAUGUGCCCAGCUGGCAAAUCCCUGAUUUGGUCGUAGAAUGCCCAAAGAGGCCUGGCGCACGCAUACACAAGGGCACCAGCCUGAUCCUGCCCGAAGCUGGCGGUGACUUGUUGGCCUGUAUUGUCCGUAGCUUGCCAGUGCUACUGCAAAUCAGACCACGUUGGAUUCUUGGCUACAGCAUGGCAGUGGAUGGUGUCUCUUUGCGUACCAUGUACAGGCAGCUAUCGGACUCCGGACCAUGUGUCAUGAUCGUAGAGGAUUCCUCAAACAGCAUCUUUGGGGCCUUUCUCAGCGAGGGUUUAAGGCCUGUAAGCCAAUGCUACGGCACCCACGAGUGCUUUGUUUUCAGGACCCCACGCACCGCUGGUGCUUGGCGUACUGAGGUUUACGGGCGGAGUGUCCCGACAACCUCCCCGCAGAACGAUGAGGCUUCUGCCCCGAAAAAGGAGGCAGAUCCUUCAUCGUCCUCAGGGUUCAGCGGUGAGAAAGCAAAGUACUUCGAGGCUUUGCGGAAAGCUCAAGCACCAGCUUCUUCAGCCUCUGUGUUCUGCAACCACAUGGGCAUCGUGGUGGGCAUCGAUGGGCCGGCCCUUUUCAUUGACCAGGACCUUUUGCGUGGUGUGUCCUGGCCAUCCGUUGGCUUUGGCUCGCCAUCCCUGUGCACCGCAGGAACGGAUUUUGUGGUGCGGAACAUAGAGGUUUGGCAUUGGAGCUCGUGAAUCGACGGCCUUGGACAGAAGGUAGCGGAAUAGGAUAC